AUGGCCGACUACACCAAGUACAUCCUCAAAGUCACCGCUGGCCCGGACUAUGAUCCAAAGAACCACUCCGAAGUGCGUGUAAACACCGCCGACUCUGUCCAAAUCUCCACCGAGCACCUCGACGCCAAGGUCUGGGUCCGCGUGAAGGACUACCGCGGCCUGCCCCAUGGCUCCCCUGCGACAUCGCCCUACUUCGAACACGCGAACCACACAGGCGAUCGCUACGGCAUAGCAUACUCUUUCCGCCUCAAGAAGGAUAUCACUGGAGACAAACUGGUCUUCGGCAAUGACUUCGAUCACCCCAUCCGCGAUCGCCUACCAUGGGGCUUCAGUACUGCCUUCAACUGGGUCAAAGGAUGGGUUGACGCAACCAUGGAAGGCGACGCAUACGCCGAUGAGCCGUACCUCUACUCUCCCAUCCUGAGCUCCAUGAACAUACUUCAAGUUGGUGGCAAGGGCCAAAGCAUCGACGACGUUGCAGAAGGCGCGGGCGAGAAAACCGGCGAGGGCGACCAAGCCGCCACAAUAUUCGUUGAAGGCGCCCAGUCAGACGGCCAGGAAGUGCGCGAAAAAUCUGGCAUGCCCGCCAACAACACGCAGAGGAAGAGACACUACCAGCAACUACAGCCCAGGCAAGACUUUGUCUUCGAAAAAGACCGCGCCUACGCUUGUGAUUUUUUCAACGGCUAUCUAGACUUCAACGAGUUUUCGCUGAAGCUCCCCAUCCUCACCAUCCCUGUGAUCAAGUACUGGGACGGUCAGCCCCUUCGAUAUGUCCUGAGAAACCUUGAGACUAAAGAAGUCUACUUCGUCAUCCUAUUCUCCCUGGUUCCUGUCGAACAAGUUGACGCCGAGACCGCCGGUGAGACCGCGGGCUCGAAGCAGGAAGAACCGGACAAGGUUCCAAAUGACAAGGGCAGCGAGCAGAACCAAACCAAGUCUUCGAACGAUGAUCUCGACUAA